AGUUGAAGUCUGGUGCUGCUUCUGUCAACGCCGACCACGCCUCAUUCAUCGAAACAUCAGCCAUCAUCGCAUCAUCGCAUUGCUGGUGCAAUGCUGCUUCCAAAGAAUUUCUGUCACUUGCCUGCCACAACAGUGCAUCUUCGUUUCUUCCACACGGUGAGGCGAUUCUUGCCUCUAUCCUCUGCUCACAUCACAGCACUUUGGCCACCCAUCAAGCCCAUUCAGGUACUAGUUGCUAGUGAAUUUUAUUCGAAAACCCAACCAUGAGUCUUGAGGUUGUUGCCCCAAUGGUCUGCGAGGAAGGCAGCAAGAACCUUCACAGCAGCAAGAAAAAAUUGAUGGUACCCAGCAAGGAGGAGGACCGCUUUGAAGUGCUCGGUGAAGAUGCCGUUCUCUCCAUCUUUUCCUACAUCGCCCAUGCUCCACUUGAAAAAAUUUCCAAGAACCCUGGCGAUUCCGAGCUCACGCAACUCCUCCCGGGUGUUUCCAAAUUUUGGCAAGAAAUGUCGGAACACGAUUGUUUGUGGAAGCCUGCCAUUCUGAGGCAGCUACAGCGAGAACCCAGUCUCUGGUCCGAGGGAUUGGUCAGCUUGGUCAAGAACAGGAAAGCGUGGCAGAAUGCUCUCUUAUCCGGUGAGACCACUCCUGACGAUCUCUUGGAACGAGUGCGGGAAGCCCUGGGCAAUGCGUCCUACAAGAAGAUCUACCGUACCGUCGUGUCGGAAUAUAUUCGACAGGUCUUGCCAGUUUUCUACAUGCCUGGACAUGUCAUGUUGGGCCUUUCCUACCGAUUGCACUUGUUUGAACCUCGCUACCGUUUGUUGGUGGCACAAUUGCUACAGGGAUACCCCCGAGAGGCCAAAAAGGGAGGACUCACCACCAUUGGAAACCGUCCUGCUCCCAUUUUUAUUCACGCCAACCGUCAGCCCUUUAGGGCAUCCAGUCCAGCCUGUUUGGUGCAAUUAGUACGCUGCAAUAUCUCCGACCGCGAUGGGACGGCCGAUAUCAUGUUGCUACCCAUUGCCUAUUUGUGGUUGGAAAAAGUCUGGGCUCGACCCAACAGUUGGAAUCUUCACUACGCCCAGAGCAUUCGCAUGGGUCAAAAGGCGGCUCGGGAAAUGCACGAGCUGGUCAAUCAAGAAAUUCUAGAGUCGAUUGUUAGCCGAGUUGGAGACUACAACAACGACUACUGGACGGAUGAUGAAGAUUUUGACGAUGUGUGGGAGUAAGAGAUCGGAAGAAGAGUAAUGGAAGUAAACAAGAAUCAAACAUAAGAGACUGCCAAGCUGGAGGAUCUCUUGUGACAGGAGCUUGGGCUUUUUGGGGCUCAACACUGGUGCUGAGUGUGGAUGUGGAAAAGUUCAGUCCUUGCAGCUCAAAAUGGAAUGGAAGAUGGAAACAAGUUCAUACUGUUCGCUCUUCCAGAGAGAAAGGAACAAUAAUUCUCAGCUGCUUGCUUCCCGGCAGUUGAGACUUCAUAGUGCAUAAUUACUUUUAGGGCUGCUUUCAGAGGAUAGCCAUAAAACUAAUCUUGGCACAUUUUUGAGAAGGGAACUCUAGAGGAUCAUUAUUGUUAUGGCUAUAAAUUGUAUUUUUAAAAGUUUGGUAUCCAACAACCGCUUGAAUCUGUUUUGCUUUUCCAAAAGAUCCACUUCACACCAUUCAAGAGCCGAAUCUCUCAGCCUUCACUACUUCAGUCGACCAACCAAGGACUCGACUCGCCUCGAUCAAGUCAGUCUGAUGUGUUUUGUUCCACGGCCAUGGGCGGUCGACAAGCUAGCUAGCUCCUAGAGUGGCGUGGUGAUUGCCAGGAUGGUUAGCAAAGAAAGCGUUCCAAUUCUAUUGGGGGCUGGCCUCUACCGAAUCAGCACGGGAAGAGCGACCAAACUCUAAAACGUCAUCGUACAUCGCGCCAUCGUCAGCAACCAACUGACUUCCGCACCAUCAACAUCUCAGACACUGCAACAGCUGGCUGAUUAUUGUCUACAACUCUAACCCUGUAGUUGAAAGCUAGCUAGGCUGGCCUGCAUGCCACCGGUACCUACCGUGGUGGCCACGGGAUGAAUGCGUGAAGAAUGAGAAAUCCGAAACAACAAAA